GCCUUCCUCAGAUGGAGUCGACCAGGAGGAUGCAACUGACACUGGCAGCGCUCGCCAUCCUAGCGCAAGUGGCCUGGGGUCUGGACGCCUGGGUCAAGUUCAACUCGUUCUCCAACAGCUUCGAGGUUAAGCUGGGACGCUCCGACGCUAACGACAAGAUCGCCGCCUGGGGUCCUUCCACAACGCCAUCAACGAAACUGGGUUCAGCUUUCUGGACAUCUACACCAACGAAGCGCUGCCAGACGAUCACCAGGCGUACGCGGCAGGAUUCCUGGAGGGCUACUUCACGCGAGACCUGAUCCGCAUGCACUACAACAACACGUGGGCCGACUACUGCAAGGACGAGGGUGCCUACUGCAAGAGGCUCUUCUCGUUUCUACAAGAGAAUCUGCAGUUUAUGUUCAAAAAUGUAAUCAUGUACCACAAGCACGUCCCUUACUGGCAUCAGGUGUACCUGGUACUUCAACAGCUGAAUGGUAUGGAGGACGGUAGAGUGGCAGACAGCAGGCAUUACUUCUCCUCCGAGUUCCACAUCAACGUCACCACCACGCUGCUGCUGAACUUGCACGGCGACGUGCAAGACCUGGAGAGAGUCUUGAAGCGGCGCGUGCUGAGCAGGGCCGUCGGCGAAGGGUCGUGCUCCGCGCUGGUCAAGCUUCUACCCGGAAACAAGGACCUGUACUUCGCCCACAACACGUGGACCAAGUAUUCCAGCAUGCUGAGGAUCCUCAAGAAGUUCAGGCUGCCCUAUCGUCACACACCCGAUUCAUGUGCAAAUAUAGCGGGUCACACGACAACCUUCUCGUCCUAUCCGGGCAGGAUCUUCUCCGGAGAUGACUUCUACCUCAUUUCUUCGGGUCUGGCCACCAUGGAGACAACUCUUGGCAACGAAAACGAUGACCUGUAUCGGACAGUCAAGCCUCAGUCUGUCCUGGCAUUCAUCAGGAAUCUAGUGGCCAACCGACUGGCGGAAAAUGGCCAUGAGUGGACCGAGAUAUUUUCUUGGUACAACAGCGGCACGCCCGAAGACUGGAUCACGAAUGUGACAACGUGCACGGGACCAUCAGGCUGCACCGAAUUCAGUUAUGGGGCCUGCCGCAGCAACUUCGUCACCGUCGACAAGACUCGUCACACAGUCCCCUACACGAGCUAG